AUGGGCGAAGAAGAUAAACAAUCUUACGGUAACAAUUGGGGAGACGACGAUGAAGACGAUUUCUUUAGACAGAUUACAGAGAUUCAAAGCAACUAUGAUAGAGGCAGACCUAGAACAAGAGAAGAGAUCUCUGCCGACAAUCGUACAAGAAAGAAUAAAUGGGAUGUCGACAAGAACCCUGCCGUCUCUUUACCAGGUAUCCCUAAAACUAUUCCUCCUGGUUUAACUGAUGAUCAAUUAUCUUCUUUAUUAAUUCGUGUUAGAAUCGAUGAGAUAACAAAGAAACUUGUAACAGGACCAAUCGAGUAUGAUACAAAGGAAGAUAGAUCAAGAUCUCCUUCACCGGUAUACGACAACACUGGUAAGAGAACAAACACUCGCGAACAAAGAACAAGAGAUAAGCUUGCCAAAGAGAGACAUAAUCUAGUUACCAAUGCUCAACAAAUUAAUCCAAACUUUAAGCCACCAUCUGAUUAUCAACCAAUUCACAAGAAAAAGACAAUGAAGAUUUACAUUCCUGUAAAGGAUCAUCCAGAAUACAACUUUAUUGGACUUAUUAUUGGACCAAGAGGAAACACACAAAAGAAGAUGGAAAAGGAGUCGGGUGCCAAGAUUGCCAUUCGUGGCAAGGGCUCGUUGCAAGACGGUAAGGUCAGCAAGCCACAAUAUGCAGAAAACGACGACGAGUUGCAUGUUUUAUUGACUGCCGACACUCAGGAUCAACUUGAAAAGGCUGCUGUCUUGGUACGUCCAUACCUCGUUCCCGUCGAAGAAGGUAAAAACGAACACAAGAGACAACAAUUGAGAGAAUUGGCCGAAAUGAAUGGUACUCUUAGAGAACGUCCAGCUUUUAUCGGAGGAAAAGGUUGGUCAGCAGUUGAUAUUAAAUGUGUACAUUGUGGAGAGAUUUCUCAUCCAUCAUCAGAUUGUCCACUUAAAACAAAUCCAAAUGCAAACAUGCACCUCAUCGAAGCAGAGUAUUUGAAAUUACUUUCAGAGAUUAAAGAUAUCAUUGGAUUAGAUGAUAACUAUCAAUAUAAGAAUCAGAACAUUAAUAAUAAUAAUAAUAUUAACAAUAAUAAUAAUAAUAUGAACGGUUACAACAACAACAACAACAACAAUUUUAACAAUUAUGGUCACUUUGAACCACAACAACAGCAACAACAACAACAACAACAUUACAACAAUGGUAAUUUAAAUAUGAAUAAUAAUGCGUAUCAAUCACCUCCAUAUGGAGAUGACCAACAACAACAACAACAGCAAUGGAACAACAACAACAAUAACGAUAUGAUGAAUCACCAACAACAACAACAGUUGCCCCAUCACCAUCAACAACAGCAACAACAAUGGGGUCAAAAACCACCACAACAACAAUCACCAUAUGGCCCACCAGGAUCAUCACCAUACGGUCCACCACCAACCAAUUCGUCACCUUAUGGUCCACAAUCUGGUUGGCAAUAA